CUGUGUCUGUGUCGUGGCCAUCGUCGUCGUCGUCGCCGCCGUCGCCGUCGCCGUCGCCCGGCUGAAAUCGCAGGUCUCCGGUGGAAGUUGGAAGUUGGGAACGCGCAGUAGUGGCUACCACACCAGAGCAGCAGCCAAGGUCGCACAGUUUGAGCACGUCUUGCAAUUCUCCCAACAUCCACCACCACACAGCCGCACCACGUGUGAGGAGGCUUGAAACUUGAUAUCGGGCUGAUACUGUGCCUGAGAGAAAAGAGUUGGCGUAGAACUAGUCCUCGGUCCAUCGAAGGCUGGUGAACCUUCACCAUGCUUGGCGCGAAGAAUGCCAAUGACGCCGCAAACAACAGCACAACACCACCCGCCCCUCCAGACGAGCUUCUCGAAAUCGAACGCGCGUUGGCAUCGCGUCUGCAGGACCAUCGCGACUAUUUGACAAGCAUCACUGCACCAGACUCCGCACCUCCAUCGGACCAUCUCCACGAGCAGAGCAGUACAUGGCCCUCUCACAAUCAUUCUUCCGAGACCGCCACCGCCACCAAUACCGCUGUCGCGCCUGCAUCUGCGCGUGAGAGUCCUUUGACGGCACCCUCAUUACCACCCAGCCAUGAUCACGUACCGAUGAGCCACGCAGCGCCGCAGCCUGUGAAUCUUGACGGCCAGAAUGCCGAGGAGCAGCAAUUGGAGCCUGACAACAACGAGUCUAAGUGAAUCAAUCUUCAACUAUCGAAAGGAACACGGCCGCACCUAUCAUGCUUACAAGGACGGCAAAUACAUCUUCCCGAACGACGAGCGUGAAGCGGACCGUCUUGACUUGCAGCACCAUUUGCUGAGGAUCACUUACGCCAACAAAUUGUUCUUUGCGCCUCUCAGCGAUCCGAAGCGAUGUCUAGAUGUCGGCACAGGCACUGGCAUUUGGGCCAUUGACUUUGCCGACGAAUUUCCCGAGUGCGAGGUGACCGGCAUAGACUUGAGUCCUAAUCAGCCUACGAUGGUGCCUCCUAACGUCAAGUUCGUUGUCGACGAUGCUGAAGAUGUGUGGCUGUACCAGGAGAAGUUCGACUUCAUCCACGCCCGACUCCUGUCUGGCUGUUUCGCCGACUGGCCGGCGUUCAUAAGACAAUCAUUCGAGAACCUUGAACCUGGAGGCUGGCUGGAACUACAAGACUACGGACUUCCCGUCAAAUCCGCAGACGGAACUCACAUCGGCACAGAAAUGUACCGAUGGGGAGAACUGCUCUGCGAAGCUGGACGCAAAAUCGGUCGUCCUCUGGGGUCUGAUGUGUAUCCCCAUUUCGAGGAGUGGAUGAGACAAGCAGGCUUCGUCGACAUUCAGACGAGGAUGUUCAUGUGGCCGUCAAACUCCUGGCCCAAAGAUCCUUUCAUGAAGGAUCUUGGUCGCUGGAACCAAGUCAACAUCAUUGACGGGCUCGAGGCUUUCUGUAUGGCACUUCUCACUCGAGCUUUGGGAUGGCAGAAAUCCGAAGUGGAUGUUUUCGUGGCGAAAAUUGCGGCUGACUUCCGGAAUAAGAAGAUUCAUGCCUACUUUCCAAUGCCGGUGGUCUUUGGGCGGAAACCAUGGUAG